AUGGUGUUCGCAAUUGAAGAGAUCAACAAAGAUGUGGCACUUCUGCCAAACAUAUCACUGGGAUACAGGAUCCUCAACUCCUGCGCAUCUCCUACUAAAUCUUUGCGUGCUGCUCUAACACUGGCUGGUGGAACACAGGAGACAGAAAACGACUCAUCUUGUCUCCCGGCUAUAUCCGCCCUCAUAGCUGAGUCUGGAUCUUCCCAGUCUCUUGCUGUAGCGGGGACACUUGGACCCUUCCAAAUACCAAUAGUGAGUUACUUCUCAACAUGUGCCUGUUUAAGUGACAGAUCAAAAUAUCCUUCAUUUUUCCGAACGAUUCCCAGUGACUAUUUCCAGGCAAAAGCUCUGGCAGCCCUGGUCAAACACUUUGGCUGGCAAUGGAUCGGAGCCAUACAGUCAGACAAUGACUAUGGGCGUCACGGGGUUCUGGCCUUUAAAGAAGAGGUUCAAAAGUUUGGGGUUUGUGUGGCAUUUAUCGGGACAAUUCUGCGUACGUACUCAAUGGAAAAGAUCCAGGCUGUUGUGGAAAUGAUCAAACAAUCAAGCGUUAAAGUUAUUCUUGCUUUUGUACCUGAGGGUGACUUCUACCUUUUAAUGAAAGAAGUGGUUAAACAGAACAUCACAGGGAUCCAGUGGAUCGCCAGUGAGGCCUGGAUCACAGCCCCUCGACCAUCCACCCCGGAUAUCUACAAAGCUUUCGGCGGGGCCCUCGGCUUUGUGGUGCAUAAGAUGGCAAUUCCAAAGUUGAAGCCGUUCCUCAUGGGCAUUAGCCCUUACACAGACCCGAGCGAACCAUUUGUGAGGGAAUUCUGGAAGAUAAUGCUGGGCUGUAAAGCAGUUCCACCAGGCGAACAAGUUGACACCUCGACUGAAAUAUGCACAGGCAAUGAGACGUUGAUGAAAUCCCAGGAUGUUUUCUUCAAUGUCACUCAGCUCAGAGUCUCGUAUAAUGUGUACAAAGCUGUUUACGCUAUUGCACAUGCCCUGCACCAUCUGCUUUUCUGUAAAACUCCUAGUGAGAAAGCAGCAACACCAUGUUUGAAUGUGUCAGACAUUCAGCCAAAACAGGUGACCCAUCAACUCCAAAGAGUAAAAUUUAAGAAUCGGUUCGGUGACAAUGUCUUCUUUGACAAAAAUGGUGACCCACCAGCUUCUUAUGACCUUAUCAACUGGCAGCUGAGAGAUGGGAAGGUGAAACACGUGACACUGGGUCACUUUGACUCGGAUGAGAACGGCCAUUAUGAGCUCAGCAUCCAGGAGGAGGAGAUAGUGUGGCGAACGGACAAUGUGGUUCCAGUAUCGGUGUGCUCUGCGGAAUGUCCAGUGGGGACAAGGAAAGCUCAGAUAAAGGGAGAACCCAUCUGUUGUUUUGACUGCAUCCCAUGCACUGAUGGUACUAUAGCCAACACAACAGGCGCAGCAGAUUGCAUGCCAUGUCCUCAAGAGUCCUGGUCCAACGAGAGGAGGGACGAGUGCAUCCCAAAGACGAUCGAGUUCCUGACCUAUUACGAGCCAAUGGGCAUCGCUCUGAGCAUUGUGUCGCUGCUGGGGGCCUUGCUGUCGCUGGCCACCAUGCUCAUCUUCAUCUACUACAGACACACUCCGGUGAUCAAGGCCAGCAACUCCGAGCUGAGCAUUUUCUUGCUUUUUUCUCUCUUCCUGUGCUUUCUUUGCCCCCUUACAUUCAUCGGCAGACCCACGGCGUGGGUGUGCAUGCUGCGCCACACAGCGUUCGGCGUGACAUUCGCUCUCUGCAUCUCUUGCGUCUUGGGAAAGACAAUAGUGGUGGUGACGGCUUUCAAGGCCUCAUUUCCCGGCAGCAAGGUCGCUGGAAAAUUCGGGGUGACGCAGCAGCGGGUCAUAGUUUGCUCCUGCACACUGGCGCAAAUUCUUUUAUGCGUGUUUUGGCUCAAGUUAAAGCCACCUUAUCCGGCUAUGGUUUUCCAACACAGCGAUAAGAUCAUUCUAGAAUGCGACACCGGCUCUGAAGCUGCGUUCUACGCAGUGCUGGGUUACAUCGGCUUUCUUUCAAUUAUAUGUUUAGUUCUGGCAUUUCUAGCGAGAAAGCUGCCUGAUAACUUUAACGAGGCCAAAUUGAUCUCAUUUAGCAUGUUGAUAUUCUGCGCAGUCUGGAUCACCUUUAUUCCUGCAUACGUCAGCUCUCCUGGCAAAUUUACUGUGGCUGUGGAGAUAUUUGCCAUUUUGUCUUCAGCUUUUGGUUUACUCUUCAGCAUUUUUGCACCUAAAUGUUAUAUAAUACUAAUAAAACCUGAAAAGAAUACCAAAAAGCAUGUAAUGGGGAAAAUGUUGAAUACUGGUCUAAGACAGGGCACGAAAAUGAGAGCGGGCGUCAUGGGGGUGUUUGAGGACAAACAUUUCUUUGCGUGUCUGCUCUUGACACAUUUCUCCUUGUCCUCAUUUAGCGCUAAUUCCACUUCAUGCAAGCUAUGGAGGAAUUUCCAUCUGAAUGAGGUCCACCAGCCUGGCGAUGUGGUCUUGGGGGGCCUGUUUGAGGUGCAUUUCAAGUCCGUGUUCCCCGAGCAGACGUUCACUUCGGAACCGGGUCAGCCCAGGUGCCAGGGCUUUGACAUUUUGGGCUUCAGGCACCUCAUGACCAUGGCCUUCGCCGUGGAUGAGAUCAACAGAAACAAGGAGUUGCUGCCAGGCUUGACUCUGGGUUACCGACUUUAUGAUAACUGCGGCGAACUGGUGGUCGGGUUCAGCGGAGGGUUUUCGUUGGUCAGCGGGCAAGAGGAACAGUUUGUGUCGCGGGACGACUGCGUGGGAACCCCGCCGGUGCUUGGGGUUGUGGGCGAUUCCUAUUCGACGUUCUCCAUCGCCACAUCGGUGGUGCUGGGUUUAUAUAGGAUGCCCAUUGUGAGUUAUUUUUCCACGUGUUCCUGUCUAAGCAAUCGGAAACUAUUCCCAUCCUUUUUGAGAACCAUCCCGGAUGAUGACUUUCAGGUUCGAGCUUUGAUUCAGAUCCUCAAACACUUCAACUGGACUUGGACCGGCCUGCUGGUCACGGACGACGACUACGGCGUCGGCGUGGCCCGGGCCUUCCGGCACGACCUGGGCGAAUCUGGCAGCGGCUGCUUGGCUUACCUGGAGGUCCUCCCGUGGGACAACGACCCGCCCGAGCUCCAGAGGAUUGUGGACUUGAUGAGGGCAUCGACGGCACGCGUCGUCAUGGUGUUUGCGCAUGAAAACCACAUGCUCCAUCUGAUGGAAGAGGUCUUGAGGCAGAACGUGACGGGCCUGCAGUGGAUCGCCAGCGAAGCCUGGACAGCAGCCACGGUUUUGCAUACGCCCCGUUUCAUGUCCUAUCUGGAGGGCACGCUAGGCAUUGCCAUCCGUAGAGGAGAAAUACCGGGACUGGGCCACUUCCUCUCGAGAAUACGUCCCGACGAACGAGACAAGAGCGAAUACAGCCUGGUGAACCAAUUCUGGGAACACAUGUUCCAUUGUCGGUUUGCGCCUCCAGCAGGCUGGUCGGAGGCGGGGGGGCAGAUAUGCACAGGACGUGAAGACUUGGCCGGAGUCGAGAUGGAUUUUUUGGACGUUUCGAACCUCAGACCUGAGUAUAACAUUUACAAGGCGGUCUACGCUUUGGCUCAUGCCCUCCACAACCUGUUGCAGUGCGUCCCAGGGAGGGGGCCUUUCCGUGGCCGCAGCUGUGUUACUUUGCAGGGACUGGAGCCAUGGCAGCUCCUGCAUUAUUUGCAAAAGGUCAACUUCACCACAUCUUUUGGUGACCAAGUGUCGUUUGAUGACAGUGGUGAUGCAGUACAGAUUUAUGAUGUCAUCAAUUGGCAGCUGUUGCCCGACGGCCAAACCAGAGUUCAGCACGUUGGUGAAGUUAAGGGGUCAGCAUUCAAAGGCGAAGAGCUCACACUCGAUGACGACAAAAUCAUCUGGAGCUUUGGAUCCAAAAAGCCUCCCCAGUCUGUGUGCAGUGAAAGUUGUCCUCCGGGUUCACGCAUGGCCAGAAAGAAAGGACAACCCGAGUGUUGCUUCGACUGCAUCCUUUGUUCUGAAGGAAAGAUCAGCAACACGACGAACUCCAUGGAGUGCUCCAGUUGUCCUGAGGAUUUCUGGUCCAAUCCUCAGCGUGACCGCUGUGUCCCAAAGAAAACAGAGUUCCUCUCUUACCAUGACCCACUUGGUAUCUGCUUGACGAGCUUCUCUUUACUGGGCACGUUAAUCUGCGCUGUUGUUCUGGGGAUUUUCAUGUACCAUCGCAGCACACCCAUUGUACGGGCCAACAAUUCCCAACUCAGUUUCCUGCUACUGAUAUCGCUCAAAUUGUGCUUCCUCUGUUCACUGCUCUUCAUCGGCCAUCCCAGAUUGUGGACAUGCCAGAUGAGGCACGUGGUGUUUGGUAUCAGCUUUGUCCUCUGUGUGUCCUCCAUCCUGGUUAAAACCAUGGUGGUUCUGGCUGUGUUCAGGGCCUCCAAACCAGGAGGAGGAGCCAGUCUCAAAUGGUUUGGUGCCAUGAAGCAGAGAGCCACCAUUUUGGCUCUGACUUGCAUUCAGGGCAUUGUCUGCACUGCUUGGAUCAUUUCUGCCUCGCCGAGUCCACAUAAAAACACCGAAUACCACAAAGAUAAGAUUGUGUAUGAGUGUGUGGUUGGGUCCACUGUGAGUUUUUCAAUACUGCUGGGCUAUAUAGGUAUACUGGCUAUCCUCAGUUUCCUGCUUGCAUUCAUGGUCAGGAAUCUGCCCGACAACUUCAACGAGGCUAAAAUGAUUACCUUUAGUAUGUUGAUCUUUUGUGCGGUGUGGGUCGCAUUUGUCCCGGCUUACAUCAACUCUCCGGGAAAGUAUGCAGACGCGGUGGAGGUCUUUGCCAUCUUGGCCUCCAGUUUUGGCCUCUUGGUGGCGCUAUUUGGACCCAAAUGCUACAUAAUCCUGGUGAGACCAGAGAGAAACACAAAGAAAGCCAUCAUGGGCCGAGCCACUGAAACAUCACAUAAGCACAGUUAGAAGAGAAUUGCACU